GGGGGUGUUGUCGUCACUGGGAGCUGCAGCAGCAGCAUCAGCAUCACCGGAAUGAGUAACAGUGCGCAACUUGGAGAAACAACUACACUGUCCGGAGGAGCGCGUGUGUGUGGCCGUUAAGUGUGUUCUUCACGAGCCCAGCUGCGACGGUACCUUAAACGUUUUCAUGAGGACGUAAAGGUGCCGGAAACUACAUCAACUUUCUGUGGAUCGGCCGAAAAGGAAGCCAUGGAUUAUAUAAAAAACCACAACAUUCAUCUCUCCAUUGUCAUAUUGACGAUUAGUGGUGCCUGCCACGCUUUUUCUCAAAAAUUUCUGGAGGAGAACUUCUCAGACCAGUCAUUUCCUCAUCAUUUUGGCUCAGAAGAUGAAGGCCAAAUUUCCACCUGUGAUUUUGAGUCACUGUGCCUCUGGAGUUUAUCAAAUCACAGUGACCAAAGCGACUGGUUGGUGGUGUCUCCACAGCAACCAGAAAAUGUACAGGCUGGGAUGAUACCUGUGACUGACCACUCACUAGGAAGCUCUAAUGGACACUUCCUUCUCCUGAGCUCCUCACCUGCCGCUGAGGCCUCUGGGAGGUGUGAGUACCGCUUAACCAGCCCAGUCUUGCCAGGCAGCAACAGGUACUGCAUCUUACAGGUAGCUCUGUAUGAGGCCGGUCCAGCUUCGGGGAACCUCACGCUCUUAAUCAAGCCAGCUCUCUCAGGUUCAGCUGUUCACUCUGUUGUCCUCAACCACAGGAGCCGUGAUGACCACAGAGCUGAAUGGGUAGUCCUGGAGUCUGUGAUUGGUCAGGUCGACGAGCCCUUUCAGGUGACCCUGCUCUACACUUCUUGUCUGGGGGAAGAUGGGUCCACUGUUGCUCUGGACUCUCUGGAGCUCAUAAACUGUGAACCAGAACACCGGGUCAUCAAGUUGGAUGCAGCAUGCGGGGAAUCUUUCCACUGUAAAAACUCAGGAGGCUGCAUCGACCAGAGCCAAGUGUGCAACUUCCACACUGACUGUCCUUUAGGAGAGGAUGAGGGCUUCAUUUGUGGUGUUCUUCCAUUUGGCUCACAUUGUUCUUUUGAACAUGAUGCAUGUGGAUGGUCCGUGUCCAACCAGCACUCAGCCUGGAAAAGGGUUGCUGGAGAUCAGCUGCUAGAGAGAGAAGACAUGCAGAGUGUCACUCUGCAGAGGACACCAGGGCACUUCCUGUUUCUGCAGGUAAAAGAGAAUAAUUCCCUUCGAGAGGCAUCCAUUCAAAGCUCCAUGUUCCCUCCCCCAGUCUCUGCAGCAGCCUGCCAGAUGCGUUUUUCUCUGUACCUGUAUGGGAACUUUAAUGGUUCUUUGAUGGUGGCUAUAGAGGAGAAUGGGACCACCACCACACCACUGGUCUGGGAGAAAAAUAGUGAGUGGACGGGCAACUGGGAAGAUGUUACGCUGCAGCUGAAUGGCCUUCAUCGUGAGUUCAGUAUUAAGGUGACAGCUGUGUGGGGACAAGGUUCCAAUGCUGAUGUCGCUCUUGAUGACAUUGCAGUUGGAGCAACCUGCUUCGACACAGAUUUCGACUCUCUACUGCCCAUGGCAGACUUGGAGGAUUUCUUAAGCCCCCUCCCAGAGCCUUCUGCCUCAGAGGUUUCUUUGAUGACAUGGUGGUUUAACUCAUGUGGCGCCAGUGGACCCCACGGCCCAACACAGGCCCAGUGUGACAGUACCUACAGGAACAAAAAUGUCAGUGUCACUGUUGGAAAGGAAGGCCCCUUGAAAGGAGUCCAAAUGUGGAGGGUACCUGCUACUAACAGAUACCUGAUCUCUGCUUAUGGGGCUGCAGGAGGCAAAGGCGCCAAAAACCACAACAAACGCAACCAUGGGGUCUUCAUAUCUGCUGUAUUUCCUCUUGAGAAAGGAGAUGUACUUUAUAUUUUGGUGGGCCACCAGGGAGAGGAUGCCUGUCCAGGGAGAAAUCCCCACACCCAGAAGAUCUGUCUGGGAGCAUCAUCAGUGAUUGAAGAUAACCUCAGUGGAGAAGCCAGUGCAAAGUGGGCUGGGGGAGGAGGCGGAGGAGGAGGAGCCACAUACAUCUUCAAGAUGGAGGGAGGUGAGCUGAUUCCCUUGCUGAUUGCGGCUGGUGGAGGAGGAAAUGCCUACCUGGAGGACCCGGAGUCCAGUCUGGACCACAUACCCCUAGAGCAGUACGAAAACAGCACCACAGCUCCCAGUACCAAUGGCCAAACAGGCGCUGCAGGUGGAGGCGGAGGGUGGAAAGACAGUCCCAGUGCUCACCCAAGAGCAGGAAAGUCUUUGGUGGCGGGUGCUGAGGGGGGGUCCUCAUGUCCCAUUGCUUUAUCCAAGCUCAGCUGGUCCACCUUUGGGGGUUUUGGAGGUGGUGGUGGGGCCUGCACUGCUGGAGGCGGUGGAGGAGGUUACAGAGGUGGUGACGCUGCGCCAGAGGAUGAGAUCACCACCGACGGUCAGAAUGGAGUCUCAUUCAUUCAUCCAAUGGGAGAGAUUUUCCUUCAGCCACUGGCAGCCAUGGAGAGUCAUGGCGAGUGUGAGAUCAAGGUGCAACUGAACUGCAGCCACUGUCAAACACAGAGCUGCAAGCGAGAUGAAGAUACUCACAUUAUUCUGUGUCUGUGCGACGAUGAUGAAGUCCUGGGUAUCGACAACAUAACAUGUAUCCGUGCUGUGGCAGCUCCUCAAGGCCUGUCUCCGCAGGCCCAGAUGUCGACAUCUUUGAUGAUAGCGGUCGUGGUCUCCACUGUCGCGAGCGGCAUGGCAUUGAUCUGCGCCGGCAUCAUCCUCAUGUGGUACCGCCGGAAAAAUGACUUGCACGCAGUGAGGGGUCGUCUGCAGAGUCCAGAGUACAAGCUGAGCAAGAUCCGCUCCUCCACCAUCAUGACGGACUACAACCCCAACUACUGCUUUGCAGGGAAGGCCGCCUCACUCAAUGAACUAAAGGAAGUGCCGCGCAAAAACAUAACACUUCUCAGGGCUCUGGGCCAUGGUGCAUUUGGUGAAGUGUAUGAAGGACAAGUUCUGGGCAUGAAUGGUGAUAAUAAUCCCAUGCAGGUGGCUAUAAAGACUCUUCCAGAAAUCUGCUCCGAACAAGAUGAAAUGGAUUUCCUGAUGGAGGCACUCAUUAUGAGCAAGUUCAGCCAUGAGAACAUUGUACGCUGCAUCGGUGUUAGUCUGAACAUACUUCCACGUUUCAUCCUGCUGGAGCUGAUGACCGGAGGAGACAUGAAGACCUUCCUGAGACAGAACAGGCCAAGAGCUGGCCAGAUCUCCUCUCUCACCAUGCGGGAGCUGCUGCAGAUGGCCAGAGACAUCGCCUUUGGCUGUCGCUACCUGGAGGAGAACCACUUCAUACACAGGGACAUUGCUGCUAGAAACUGCCUGCUUACCUGCCCUGGACCAGACAGAGUAGCCAAAAUUGGGGACUUUGGCAUGGCACGAGACAUAUACAGAGCCAGCUAUUACAGGAAAGGUGGUCGUGCCAUGCUGCCUGUUAAGUGGAUGCCACCAGAGGCCUUCAUGGAGGGCAUCUUCACUUGCAAGACUGAUACAUGGUCAUUUGGAGUACUGCUGUGGGAGAUCUUGUCUCUGGGUUACAUGCCGUAUCCCUGUAAAACCAACCAAGAGGUGCUGGAGUUUGUCACCAGUGGAGGCAGGAUGGAUCCUCCCAAGAGUUGUCCAGGGCCUGUCUAUCGGAUCAUGACCCAGUGUUGGCAGCACUGUCCCGAACACCGGCCCAACUUCUCUACUAUCCUGGAGAGAAUUAACUAUUGCUCUCAGGACCCAGAUGUGAUCAACUCACCCCUACCAGUGGAAUAUGCCCCCACCGCCGAGGAUGAUGGUGGCAGAGUCAUCCGUCCCUCUGACCACACCUCCAACAGCCUCGCUCCUCUCCUGUCCCAUCAUGUUUCCCAGGAUUCGUCUGCCCAGCUUGGUCUCCCCUCUCUGGGCCUGGGUCCAACCCCUCUUCCCCCCAAGCCUACAAAACCCCGUCUUCUGCUUCAGAGAACCCAACCUGUGCACCACGAAGUGACAUCGUGCCGCGAGGCUCUGGAGCCGUCCUGGGCUGAGCUUGUUCCUGCUCCUGGAUUGUCAGCAGCAGGGGUGUGCGCUGGAGGCCACUGGCCUCAGGUUGACCCUCCUCAUCACCGACCUUGCUCCAGAAACCGCUCCUCCUCAGGAAGCCAGAAGCUGAAGAACAAGACAAAGAAUCUGUGGAACCCCACAUAUGGCUCGUGGGUUUUGGAAAACUUCAGGGGGAAAAAAACACUUGCUCACACUCAGUCCAUGCCACUCUCAAGCUCUUCAUCCUCCCACUCAAACACACAGGCUCCUCAGACCUGCAAUCCAAACUUAGAGAGCAACGAGGCAGGGUGUGACAGCACCAACAGCAACCACCUCAGCCCUUCCAGCAUCUGCACCUCCUCAACUCCAUCCCCUUCCAGCCAGGCUCCAGCUGCCCCAAGUACAUCCUCCGAUAAGACACCAACAGGCGGCAGCACAAAAGCCGGUAUGGAUCUGGCCAAACUCCAUAGUUUCCCCUGUGGCAACGUCAACUAUGCCUAUGAUGAACAAAGCUACGAGGCAGAGAGCCUGCCCUUGGUUAUGCCCAAAGCCCCAGAGGCCAUCACAAACACCAGCUCUACCCCCAGCAUGUCAUCAGGCACUAGCCUGGGCCUGGCAUUAGGCCUCCAUACCUCUUCAUCUUGUAUGCCCAAGCUGCUGCUGAAGCGCCAUGCCAGCUACGGACAUGAGGAUGUCAGGAGACACACCAAAGCUGAGAAACUCACAUGUGACAGAGACUCAGGCUUUUCUCUGUCUGAAGACCUCAGCGUUACCCCUAUCUAAGAAAUGGCCUACUGUAACAGGGAUUUUGAUUGAUAUUCAAAUUAAAUGUUUUUUCCUUUUCUCAGAACCUGAAACUAGAGUUCUGGAUUUCAGGAACCAAAAGCAUGACCACAAGGGCUUAACCACCAUCAGAGAGCCACAACAUUAGAUUUUUAGAUCUCCUGGAAUGCUGGAAAGUACAUUCAAAUACUCACAUGAACACAAACACUCUUCUGCACUGUGAUCCAGAAAGCCAGUGCCGGAUGCAGAGCUCUUUUCUGGGCUUCUGGUACACUGGUAGCUGAACAAGAGUGGCACGCAGCCCUGUGCUUUGCCAGAGUCCCCAUUGCUGGUGGUGGCUGCCAUGUAUAACUGAUGUAGUUGAACUCCUUUUUCCUACCUGUUUGUUUUAGCUUCUUUCACAAAAGCUUUGGCAUUAAUAUAAAUUGCAUCAUAGUUAAGGAUUUGUUGGAAUUUGUAGUAUUAAGUGUACAGUAUGUCCAGAACAAGCCAAAAAUAUUGAGCCACUGGGAAGAGAAUCACUAUACUUUUUUUUAUUUUAAAAGUUUAAAAUUCAGGCAAGGCUGUAGAGUAACUAUUUCAUUUAUAAUUUAUUCACUCUUAAAGAAACUUACGUCAUAACUAGUAUACUUAAGUGAUUCUGCCUUCCUAAAAAAUGUGAAAACACACAUGCCUGAUACACUGCAAUAACUCAGGAUGCUGCUGGUUUUAGCAGCUGCUUUCCUGGAAACCUCAUGUUGAAGACAAGAAGUCACUGCUCCUGGCCAGGAAAAAGUUCCACACAAACCCACUGACAUUCACUUUAAAACUGAUUGAAAUGCAAUGUUUUUUGGGUAAGCACUGAUCUGUCAUGACUUACACUCACUGUCUGGAUGUUCUGUAAGUAAGCAAAGUUGUGCUGGGAUUUUUUUUAUUUUUUUUUUUUUUUGCGAAACUACAACAGCCUUGAUUUGGCUUUGCAAAUUUUUGAUUAUUCCUGACUCUCUUUGCCCAUGUCUUCAUAUUUAUUUGGCCUCUUAAAUGUAUAAAGCGUAUAUUAUUUGUUGAUGACCAUGCAGCUGUGGAAAUAUUUGCUAUUUUUGUACUCACUUCCGUACACUGGACUAACCCAUUUGUAGCUGUUUUAUCAUUUAUUUGUAUUCAUUUAUGUUCAUGAUGAUUCUGUAUUUGUAGUCGAUCACUGCCAUUAGAUACCUCUACGCUGCAUCUACUGAUAUAGUGCUGGUAGUACCUAUGUUUACUCAGCAGGGGGAGGUAUUCAGCUCUGAUAUACCAAACAUGCCACUGCAAGUUCCUCAGUUCAUAAAGUUAUGUCAGUUUGAUUAUGGAAAUUUCUAUUCAAUAUUUAUGUUUUCAGAUUAUGUAAUCAUUUUUGUAGUUGUAUCCAACGUGUCUUUAUUUUGAGCUUAAACGUGUUGAUUGUUUAUUUUUUAAAAUGUUGUUAAAAUGAACGGUGACAUUUAUAUGAGGGUUCCAUAGGCUUACUGUGUGUUUUUAUUUGAGUGUUUAUGCUGGUAGUAACUCACCAAAAGGCUCAUGUAGUUUUCUGAAGACUUUAUAGCAAGAUAUACUGAUUAUUGUGGAAUGUCUUUCACAGAGAGAAAAAAAAUCAUCCUCAUCAUUUGCUCAGUGUUUAUGAUCUAUGGCCUUGUGAAUUUUAUUUCACACUCCCUAAAAAGUUGUUUUUUCUCCUUUUGUUGUGUACCUGAGAGUGAUAUGCCUCAACCAGAAAUGCAUUCUAUGCAAUAUGCUGUCUUUUACACUUUAUUCUAACAUAAUUUUGUCCCAUAUAAAUAAACAUAUAGAUCUUAAUUGAG